CCUGCUUCACUCUUACCGCGCACACCACACGAGCGGCGCGUAUCGACAAAAACAAAAGACAAUCGAACAAAUCGAAUCGAAUUUUGAAAACGUUAUGUAUAUUUAAGUUUAAGAAAAAAAAAUGUGGUUGUUAAGUUUGACCGCGUUCGCGGUGUUUUCGGCGGCGAGCGGCGCAGGCGCCGGUGCCGCCCGCCUCGUGUGCUACGUUGACGGCGCACGCACAGAAGGCUUUUCCGAGUGUACGCAUCUUGUGUACCACGGCGACGCGAGGGGAGACAAACUUGACAGCUUGCUGAAGGAAUAUAGGAAGAAUAAUCCACGGCUGAAAAUCGUUUUGAGAGUUGCUGAAGUCGACAAAGACCUCCGUUCAGCGCUCAAGUCCAAACAUGUCCAAGGUCUGGAGAUCCACGAAGCACACCGCUCCCUCAACAAGACCACGGUCCUGGAGACCGUGGAAGCCGCCAGGAAAGUCCUGAACGGCGCCGGUGGAGGCCCACUGUUUCUCGCAUUGCCUUCGCACCCUGAGCUCCUUGCGAAGUACUAUGACUUGAGGAUGUUAGUCAAGAAGGUGGAUCUGAUGAUGGUGCAGACGCAUGAUCUGGGGGUGAUGAAGAAGAUGACGUAUCAUCCUAGCCGGCUGAGUGGAAUGUGGGAUAUGAUGAACACGGACUCCGUCGUGGACCUAGUCAUCGGUCUCGGCGUUCCAGCCUCCAAGAUCGUGAUCAGCCUUCCAGCAAGCGCCCGCCAGUUCACCCUGGCGAAUGAGACCCUCAGUACUCCGGGCAGCCCAGCUGUGGACGACCAGCCUAAGGAGAUAGAUCAAGCUGAGCUGUGUAGACAGCUCCAGAAAGGACGGUGGACUUUGGAGAGAGAUCAGGAUUUAUCAGCGCCUUAUGCUUUCAAGAACACAACGUGGAUGUCCUUCGAAGACUCCUCAUCAGUGGACGUGAAGGGCAAGUACGCCCGCGUCCGGGGCCUAGCCGGUCUGGCGCUGCACAAAGCUGACAAGGACCUGGAGACUCCAUGUGGUCCCACGCUCAAGGCUUCCCUAGCCAAGGUCUUGAAUCAACAGAGCAGAGCACCUAGGGCCGCUGUUCUAAGGUCCCUGGAGCACGAGAUCCUCUCCGCCCCAGCGCACGCGCGGGCGCUCGACGCGCUGCAAGUCUCUCCCUACAGGAUCACGCAGAUCGUGGACUCUGAUGGCGUCAUCCACUCGAUCCGUGAGGACACCCGCACGGAGUUCUCCUGCUCCCGCCAGGGUUACUUCGUGCACCCUCGUUCCUGCGCGCGUUUCUACCGCUGCGUCAAGUUCGACCAGCUCUCGCCUGACUACACGGUAUUCGAGUUCGAUUGCCCAGCCGGCCUAGCCUUCGACUCGCGUUACGAAGUGUGCGUGUGGCCCGGCAGCCUGCCGCACUCGCAAGCCUGCCCCGGCUCCUCCGAGAUCGCGCCCGUGCCCCACACGAGAUUCGUGUGCCCUGAACAUGAAGGUUACUACGCGGACCCCGAGAACUGCCGCUGGUUCUUCGCCUGCCUGGACCACGGCAAGGCGCCGCUGUCCGCCUACGAGUUCCGCUGCCCCUUCGGGCUCGGCUUCGACGCCGACAAGCUCAAGUGCGACUGGCCCUGGCUCGUGCCCGCCUGUGGCAACAUCGCCAGAUACGAGGCCGAGGCCUUCGGGUACUCUGGAGCUGUUCUUACUGGAGCCGCUGGUUUCCAUGGCCAAACCGCCGACGCCGUGAACGUCGCAGCGCACAACAGCCUGGUCUCCGGCGCUGCCCUCGACAACCUCGUCGGCAUCCAGGGCGGCUUCCUCUCCCAACAAGACGCGCUCGACGCUAACUUCAUUGCGUCCCAGGAGUUUAACGGAGCUUCUGGCUCCAACGACCUCGCUUACCAAGUCAACGGUGCCGCGCAUGGCCAAGGCCUCGUUCAGGCGACUAAAUAUAAUGACCAAGGAAAGUACACUAGUGGAUCGCUAAUAUUGGAUGAUUAUAGACUCCCGACUAAAUCUGAGGCUCAAAAGAUCCAUGGACAUCAGGUCAAUAUUCUCGCUGGCGCUGCCGAUUAUUCUUCAGCGCAAUCUAAUGGCUACUCUUCGUUCUCCUCGGGGCAUAACUCUCAAUAUCAAUCGAGCGAUUACUCCGACAAUUCUGGAGCGUACGUACAUGACCCUUCAGGUGACUACGCUGAGCCCUACAAGCAUGUAGGUUCUCCGGUUGUCCCAUACGUCCAUGAUGGUUCUGCUUACAAACAGUCCAGUGACUACUACGAUUACGGAAGGUACUCGGCAUCUUCUGGAGCUGAUAGCAGCGGACAAUAUGUUCACAACUCUGGUUCUUAUGUUGACGACUCAUCGAACUACAAAGGAUCAUACAAUUCUGGAUCCUACAGCGACUUAGGAAAAUACCAAGCUGGUAUCUACAAGGAGUCUUCUCUUAACGCUAACGGAUAUAAAAGUGACAGUGGAUCGUACAGCGCGGAUUAUUCCGGUUCGUACACACAUGACGACUCUGGUAAAUACGUGGCUGGUGUAUACAGGGCUGACGGCCAUAUUGGAGGCUAUAAUGGAGCGGGAUCGAAUGGCAAUGCUCUGAACAGCCAAGUGUACCAUGGAAGCUACAGUACCGCUAACAGUGGGAACUAUAUCAGCGACUCUAAGGCCUAUACCGGUGGGUCACACACUCUGGCAGCUGGUUCAGUUAAUGUCGGCUUGGUUGGCAAGACUACUUUAGUUGAUUCUGGAUAUACUGACCAGUUCAACUAUGACGCCUCUAAAGCAUCUAACGCUCAAUCGUUUGGACAUAACAUUGUCCAUGACAACCAACAUACAGGCCACGUCUCAUAUGUUUCCCAACCGGCAGUUUCUAUUAAUCACGUCGGGACAGACUCCCACAACUUGGAUGGUUACAGCUACGUCACUACUCCCACUUCAUCUGGCAUUCCCACCACUGCUACCCCAUACGCUAUUACUACGGCAAUACCGACAGUAGCAUACAAAACUACCUUCGUGCCUGAAGCACCUAAGACUAGCGUCGAACAAAUCUUCGGUAUUACUCAUCCUGCCGUUACGUAUGUUCAACCAACAGUGGUGCCUGUAAAACAGUACGUCAGUAGCACACCAAAAGUGGUUGUCACUGACUACAAUCAAGCAGCUGACUAUCAUCAAUAUGAAAACAAGGACUAUUCCGGCUACCAAACCUCAUCAGUGAAAAGUGAAUCUUCUGGAUACGACUACUCCAAACCAGCCAUCAAGUUUGAAGACGGAAUAACUUACUCUACUCCGGCACCGAUAUCUGUGUCCACAUACAAACCCCAAGGAUUUAGCCACAGCCAGCAAACUCUACAUAAGGUAGAAUCCGUGGGUUAUGAUUACUCCAAUGCUUCACCAGUGACAGAAGAGCCGUUCAAGAAGGUUGUAGCUUACACUACUGGUCCCAGCGUCAGUACAUACGCUGAGCCCACUCCGGCAACGUACACUCCUCAGUCAUUCAGUCAUCAAACUAUCCAUAAAGUAGAAAGCGCCAAAGUAUACAGUCCGGCUGUGGAGGUCGGAUCUGGUUACAACUACGUCCAAUCAGGAGUAACCUACGAGCAACCAAAGACCGUAGUUACGUACACUACACCCCAGCCGGCUUUGGAAGUUCAACCUGUUGUCGCUACUUAUGCGCCGCAAGGUUUCAGCCAUCAGACGCUACAUAAUGUAGAUGCCAGUCAAGUCAACACCUACUCUCAGGAAAGUUCUGGAUACCAUUACGAGAAGCCCGCUGUUAGUUUUGAAGAAACCGCAAAGGCUGUGGUCCAGCACGUUACGCCUGCUCCAGAAAUUGUUUCUACUUACGCUCCACAGUCAUAUAGUCAUCAAACAAUUCAUAAAGUUGAGAACAGCAAAUCUUAUGCUCAGUCAGGAGAAAGUGGGUACGACUACACCAAUCACGGCGUUAGUUAUGAACAACCACAAACUGUAGUUGAGUACACGACUGCCCAACCUGCCAUCGCUGUCUCUACAUACCAACCACAAGGAUUUAGUCAUCAAACUCUACAUAAAGUAAAUGCCGGCCGUGUGAACACAUAUUCUGAACAAAACUCUGGAUAUAGUUAUGAAAAACCCGCCGUUACACUUGAAGAAACUGCGAAGACUCUUGUUCAACAUGUCACACCGGUUCCAGCAAUCGCUUCCACCUAUACUCCUCAGUCGUAUAGCCAUCAAACAAUUCACAAAAUCGAAAACAGCAAGUCGUAUGCCAAUCACAAGAAAAUGGUUACGACUACACCAGCCACGGCGUCAGUUACGAACAACCACAAACCGUAGUAGAGUACACGACCGCCCAACCUGCCAUUGCCGUCCAGUCAGCGAUAUCCACCUACCAACCCCAGUCGUUCAGCCAUGAAACUGUUCACAAAGUCCCUGCCCAGGUCCAUACUUAUUCUCAAGAC